AUGGAGAACUCAUCCGACGUCACUUUCUUCAUUUUGGCAGCCUAUGAGGAUCUUGGAAAAAGGAAAUAUUUCUAUUUCAGCUUUGUGCUUCUUCUGACUCUCACAAUUAUUCUAACAAACAUUACCCUUAUUUCAUUGAUAUUGGUAGAUAGGAGCCUACAUGAACCCAUGUAUUCAUUUCUGUGUAGUUUAUUUUUGAAUGAACUGUAUGGUAGCAAUGCCUUGUUACCUGUGCUAUUAUUGCAUAUUCUUUCAGACACUCAUGAAAUCUCCAGACCUUUUUGUGUUUUGCAGGUUUUUUGCUUGUACACAUAUGGAACAAUAGAAUUGUGUACUUUUGCUGUUAUGGCUUAUGAUAGAUAUUUGUCCAUCUGUCAUCCACUACAUUACAGCAGUAGGAUGAGUUCUUUCAAAGUGUGCUCAUUAGUGGUGUUCAUCUGGGUAUUUUCAUUCAUAAAAUUUACAGUUACUCUGUCACUUCAAUUAAGGUUACCGUUGUGUGGUAAUAUCAUCCACAAAUUGUGUUGUACCAACUAUGCCAUCGUCAGACUUUCUUGCGUAGACACAACUUUAAACAACAUUUAUGGACUUUGCUCUACAGUUCUGAGUGUAGGUGUCCCCUUGUUCCCCAUUUUAUAUUCCUAUGCAAACAUUCUAAGAAUCUGCUACAAUUUACCCAAAGAAGCUCAGAACAAAGCUUUAAACACAUGCAUUCCCCAAGUAAUAUCACUCCUGAACUUCACAGUUUCCUGUUUCUUUGAAAUUGUCCAAUCUCGAUUUGACAUGACACAUGUUCCCCAAAUCACUCUUAACGCUUUCACAGUGUACUUUUUGACAUGUCCUCAAAUUCUUAAUCCAAUCAUGUAUGGAGUCAGGAUGACAAAAAUAAGGAAAGCUCUGAAAAACAGAUUAUUUCCUAACAGCACUGUGUAA